UGCAGCAGUCACUGCCCUUCCCAAUCCUUCCUAUACCCCACACCAUGUUGGUUAGUACCCCCCACUUGCUAACCCUGGAUGAAGCUGAUACCACUUGGACCCUCAUCAAAGAUAAGGUUAUCGAGGAGCGUUUUGGGUCCAAUGUAGUAGCAGUACCUUUCCUGUCGGAUGCCACCUGCUAUGACCUAUUGGGAGUUCUAGUGAAACAGUCCCGCCCAGCCCACACCCGCCUGGCUUUGCCAGGUAGGCAAGGCCGGAAGGCACUGAAGCCCGUGGGGCCACUACCAAGCCUUCUAGAACAGGCAGGGUCUGAGGGUGCCUUUGCCCACUGCACUCGGGAAUACUCACCAAAUGGCCGAGCUGAGAUAGCCUAUGAGGAGAUGCGACUGUUGGAUGGGCAGCCCUGCCGGAUCCGCCUACAUAUGGGUGGCCUGCGCAAGAAGGUUGCCUUCCUGUUGCUGCCACCAGGGCAGGUGAGCCUACAGCAGACUCUUCCCUGGCUCCGAAGCACCCACAGCAUCUACGUCAUCUACCAGGUCUUCUCCUGCUCCUGGCUGCAGCUGGGGUUGUUGCCUACAACCCGUGAGCCCCAGGUGCUCCGGUUACAGCGGUCAUUGCCUGUUGCCUUUUCCUGCCUCAAGUUUUCACUGCAGCCCAAGGGUGUGCUGGGACCACAGAAGCCUCUGAACAAAGACCCAUUGCCUCAUGGGGUCCACUGGGUCAAACCCAACCUCAGCAUCGUACCAACUCUGGCCCCCACAUCAGCACCUGCUGAUAUCCCUGAAGCUGCUGAUGUACCCCCUCCUGUCCCUGCCCCACCUACACCCACACCACCUCCCCAAGAAGGGCCUGAAGGCAGACCCACCAGAUUCUCCUGCAAGGGUCGAAACCCCUUCCGGAGGGGGCCCCAGAUGCUGUCAGAAAACUGGCUCUUCAGUCCCCGCAGCCCCCCACCAGGAGCCCAGGGUGGGGGCCCCGGGGACCCCGACCGGCACUCCAUGUCCCUGCCCCUGCUGCAGGGUCUAUCCUCGGAGUUCGACAGCGACGACUAAAGCUGAGGCAAGAGAUUCGGGGGGCAAGGCCCCCAAGAUCUGGCAUAGGGAUACUGAUCCCCAAUAAACAUCAACUGCUGCUCCCCC